AUGGAGAUAGACAAGAGCAGUAAAGUGAUAGUACUACCCCGUCUAUCACCAGAGAAGGAUUUGAUAGAAUACAAAGUUGUAGACUUGCCUAUAGCUACUCUUUCUCUGACGAAACCGUACCUUAUUACUACUCAAGAGGUUUAUGAAUUAAACACAAUCAAGGGGGAUGAUUCCAAAGUGAAAUUAUCCAAUGGAGAAGCAGUAAAGUCAAUAAUCCUUGAACCUCAAGACCACGAUAUUCCUGGAGCAGUAAUACAAUCAGGUGAUGUUAUACUUGCCACCAAAUUCAACAUUGUAUACCUUCUUAUAUCUAUUUUCGAUAGACAUUUGUCGAAAUUUCGAAAUUUCAAAACACUAGAAGAUAUAAAGGAUUCCCUUUCCAGUAUUGUGGAGGAGUAUAGUUGGAUAUACGAUAUCCCUGAUACGGUAUACUAUCGAAGCUUACCUGUGAUAUGUGACCAAAUAAUAGAAGGUAAUGAUGAAAAAUUUUACAAAUAUUCAAAUGAAAAAUCCAUGAGUUGGGUGAAUGACAAAAUUGAAGCUAUGCUGAAGUUUGUAAGAGAGGAAAAGGGAAAUAGCAUAUUGAAAAGAAUCAAUAUGGAAUUGAACGAUCCGACUAAUAUCGAAAGUAAGGUCGAUACUGAUGUUCUACAAAGUACUAUAACGCGUUAUUCAAUUGAUUUUAUCUGUGAUUCUUAUUUGAUACCUGAUAUAAAACCAAAAUUGAUUAACCAAUUCAAAUACGAUUUUACAAAGAUGGAAAAAUAUCUCUUAGGAUUGAGUCAGAAGCGGAAAAAUCUAGAAGCCGUUGAAGCAAAUAUGAGUGAUGUCAAUCGCAUCACAUCAAAUACAAAAUCAAAUUCAAAUUCAAAUUCACGGAAACAAGCAAUGGUCAAGAAAAAGGCCACGAAUAAAGUCGCUGUAGGAAAAGGAGCGCUUGAUGGGUUUUUCAAAAGAGCAUAA